AUGGCGCCAACAAAGCAGGCAGCAAACCAAAACGCGCAGCCGGCUUCCAAGAAGACUAAAGACGUAGAAUCGAUACUUGGAAACAUCAAAUCAACAAUCGCGAAGACGAAAGCCAAAAUCGGCGUCCUCAAAACCCAAGGUCGGACGAAAGUCACCAAGUCAGCAGCAAGCCCAAAAGGCCGCCUAAGCGAACGGAAACGGCUCAAGCAAGUCUUGGAAGAUCUCGCAACUCUCGAAACCUCAAAUGGAGCCCCGAAACCCUUCGCGGUUGAGCACGACCGAAGCGGCGACGACCCCUUCCCAUCCGCUCGCUCGGAUCUCCGAAUUAACGACUUCGAAAUCGGCCGGCCACUUGGACGCGGCAAGUUUGGACAAGUCUACCUCGCCCGCCACCGCGACACAGACUACAUCUGUGCGCUAAAAGUCAUCUCGAAAGUCCAAUGCACUUCCGAAGAGGACGAGAGACUGAUACGGCGAGAACUCGAAGUGCACCAGAAUCUCGCGCACCCCAACAUCCUCCGCUUUCUGUCCUGGUUCCACAAUGACACCUCCAUAUAUCUCGUUCUCGAAUACGCUCCCGGCGGUAACUUAUACCACCGCCUGAAGAAGCAACCGCAAGGCCGCUUCAUCGAGCGCGCCGCCGCACUGUACGUCGCCCAAAUGGCGGAAGCACUACGAUACAUGCACAGCAAGAACGUCUCGCACCGAGACAUCAAACCGGAGAACAUAUUACUUGGCCUACAUAAUGAGAUUAAGCUCGCCGACUUCGGAUAUAGCGUGCAUUCUGAGUCGGGUUUUCGGUCGACCGUCUGCGGUACGCUGGACUACUUGUCGCCCGAGGUCGCCAUAAUGCUGAUGAAGCCCGGGGAGAAGGACGAAUACUACACCAAAGCGGUCGAUCAGUGGAGCUUGGGAGUGCUAACGUAUGAGCUGUUGGUUGGCAAGCCGCCGUUUGAGAUGAAGACGAGGGAGGCGACAGAGAAGAAAAUUGCGAACUUCAAGGGGAAGGUCAGGAUACCGGGGCAUGUGUCAAAAGGGGCUGAGGGGCUUAUUCGGCAGCUCUUGAAUCUGGAUGCCGAGAAGAGGAUGUCGCUCGAGGAGGUGCUUAACCAUCCGUGGAUCGUGCGACAUGUCGAAAAGUCGUCACGGUCUGGGCUGCGAUCCUUCGGUCGGAUGCUGGAGCAGGCUGUCACCGCGUAA